AUGGCGGAGGGCGCCUCUGCGCCAGAGCCGUCGCUCGGCGGGGACGUGGCGGGUAGCGGCAGUACCGCUUCCCAGGACUUGGCCCACGAGGGCGCGGGUGGGCGCCGCUUCGGCGUCGGGGCCGCCGUGCUGUGCCGGAGCGGAGAGGACGCCUGGGUCUCGGGGCGUGUGGUGUCGGUGGACUUCCGGGACGAGGCCUGGCCGCCCGGGCGCGUGGAGCCGUACGUGGUGGCGCUGGACGACGGGAGUGACUCCGUCUUCGUGCACCUGGACAGCGAGGACGCGGUCCGCUGCGCGAGGUCGGCGCGGCGGUGCGCGGAGCCCUGGUGGGCGGCCAUCUUCAAGGACAGGCCAGGCUCGCACUUCGCGCGAGGGGCGCCCGCUGAGGUCGCGGAGCUGGGGCGCCUCAGCGCCGGGCGGGACGUCGACGAGCAGGACGAGCGCGGGGAGAACGCCCUCCUGAUCUCCACGCGGUACUCCUGGCUCGCCGGCGUGCAGGAGCUCCUGGACCCCGACGUUGUCAACGACCUGGGGCAUGCACCCCUCCAUCUGGCACUCCUCGGCAUCGGCAGGGAGGCCGCCAUGGUGGGCGCGCUGCUGCACGGGCGCGCCGACCCGUCGCGGAGGGGCUCUGCUCCAGGCCGGCUGUCCCUGUUCGACGAGCUGCCGGAGUCAGAGGCGGCGGGGCUCACGCCGCUGCACUGCAGCGCGGCCGCGGGCAUGCUGGACAUCUCCAGGGCGUUGGUGGAGGCCCGCGCUGACAUCGAUGCGCGGCACGCUUUGGGCGAGACGGCCCUGCGCUUGAGCAUCGCGGAGGGCCACACGGAGGUGGCUGACUUCCUGCUCAGUGCCAGAGCGGACGUGGAUGCGGGCCCAGACCUUGGAACUGGAAUGACCCUGCUCAUGGAAGCGGCCCGAGAAGGGGACGGGGCCUUCGCGCGGAGGCUGCUGGAGCUCGGCGCGCGCGUGGAUCGCCGAGGCCGGCAGGACCUGACCCCCUUGCAUCUGGCAGCGCGUAGCGGGCACGUCGAGCUCUCUCGGCUUCUUCUGGAUCAUGGCGCCGACCGGGCGCUGCGCUCGCAGCUGGGCACCGCGCUGGAGCUGGCCGCCCGCAGGAGCGGCUCCGAGCUGCGCGAGCUGCUCGCAGCCGCGUGA